GUACGCUGUCAACUAUUGCCACUCAUUGUCAAUUGUCAUUGUCACUGCCAAAUUUAACAAUACAGUUUAUACAGUAGAAAGCAUACAUACAUUGUGGGUAAUCGUUCUUGCUUUUAUAGUUUUGUUUGGGUUUAUUUACAAGAUAUUGUUAUACUCUAAUUGUAAAGUUGUCGCACAAGUUAAAAAGUAUCCUGUAAUUCUAUUAAAUUAAUUCAUCAUGUCGUCAGAAACAGCUCAAGUUAGCUCUUUGCCAUUGCCCCCCAUGCAAUACAUUAAUUUUUACACCGAUGACAAUGUGAGACGAAAUAGAGCUCCUCUACCGCCGAGGCCGAUACAUGACUCGUACUCAAUGUUCGGGCAGCCCUUCAAUGCCGACGAUGCAAUUAUUAGAUCCUUGGAGAGCCAGGGCUUCAGAAGAUUGUACCCGAUGCAUUUUGAUAGAAGAAGGGAGCUGAAAAAACUGAACCAUUCAUUGCUAGUGAACUUCUUAGACUUAUUAGACCUAUUGGUACACUGCCCUGACUCACCAAAGAGAGCAGAAAAGGUGGAAGACUUGAGUCUCUUAUUCAUCCACAUCCAUCACCUGCUCAACGAGUUCCGGCCGCACCAGGCUCGGGAGACCUUGAGAGUCAUGAUGGAGCUCCAAAAGCGACAAAGAGUGGAGACUACACUCAGAUUCCAGAAGCAUUUGGACAAGGUCCAGGAUAUCCUGCAGAACGCUCUGCAAGGCUCAAACCAACAUGAAGUGGAAUCUAACUUCAAAGUGCCCGUAGAAAUCCUGGAUCAGAUAACCGGAGGCUCUGGUGACGGCGCCGGGGCUGAUCCCUGUUACGAGCUCGACCGCCUCAUGUGCAACGUAGUGGACAAUAUGAGAUAACUUCACUUCCUUUAGAUUUAGAUACAUUGUAACUACCGAUAGGUUAGGGGCUCUACAUAUAUGUAGUUGGGCCAUAAGAUUUCUCACAAAGAUUUUACUGAAAAAAAAUUGAGAUAGAGAAAGAGAUCCCUUGAUUUUCAAAUAUGUGUAUGGUUUAAAAGCUAUUUUAAUACACGAUAAAUUGCAAUAUAAUUCAAAGUAACAUGCAUUCAGUAAUAUUUAAACCAACAACAGUUAAGACAAGAGAUCUGAGCCACAGUCAAGAGAGAUGCCGGAUAUGUGCGAAGAUACAUGCACACACACAUACACACAUACAUGACACAUACACACAUACACAUACACACACACACAUACAUACAUGAUACAUGUGACGAACACAAGAUGAGAAGAGUUCACAUCUACCAUACAGCUAGAGACCGUGUGGCAGACAUUAUUUUCUAUUAUAUUUGCCAACCCUAAAUAAUAUUGUUUUAAGGUAAAGCGUAAUAUUGUUAAUAUUAUAGAAAAUAAAUUUGAUAAAUAAAUUGUA